GUGGUCUUGCGUUGCCAACUUAACAGGUGACUAACAAGUUGUUAGUAACAACCCGUUUGUUUUGAUUGAAACAGGUGAAUUAAAUAAAUAAAUCCCAUAGAAGCUUGAAAAUGAGUAGUAGAUUGACGGUGGAGAAAAACGAGUACCCCAAAGCAUCGAAUUAUUUGGUUAAUGGGGCGUUAAUUACGUAUAUUGGAGGAAUUCUUUUGCUUAUAGCUUUCUGCAGUACAUAUUGGGUAAAAUCUUACGAUGGAACUGAUUCAGAGUUCAAACACAUGGGGUUAUGGGAAUAUUGCUUUGACGGGUUCAGAUAUCCAUAUUACCCAUUUGACAAAACCUUUUCGGGUUGCAACCAUGUCUUCAGCCAGGAGUUUCAUGUUAUUAGGGCCUGGGUUCUACCUCCAUGGCUGAUGGUGGUGCAAACAUUUGUGACAAUCUCUUUUUUACUGAGUUUUGGAUCACAAGUUAUUAUGGCAAUGGAGGUUUGCCGGUGGCCUUUGGAGUUUGUUUUAAAGUAUGAAUGGGUGUUGUCAUCCAUUUCUUUUGUCGGUGUUGCAAUUACAGCUGUAUUAAUGUUUCUGUCGGUGGCAAUUUUUGGUGGUUCCCACACAAGAAGAGAUUGGCUGAUGUACCCAAACUUUAACUAUUUAUGUUGGUCAUAUGCCUUGGCUGUAAUAUCAUUCUUUUUCCACGCUCUAGCAGCUUUUCUCUUGUACAAAGAGGCAAAAUUCAGUUACGAAAGAAGACAGGAGAGUAGAAAUUUAAUCAUGCAGAUGCACCCCAAUCCGCAACAUCGUUUGGGAUGGGCAAUGCAUUAAUAUUUAGUUUCUAAUAUUAACUACUUAUAACAUAAAUAUUUAAAGAAUUCUAAAAAUUGUGCCUUGCAUAUUUUUUAAAUAUUUAAUCUCUAUAAU